CAAACUGGUAGUGGAGGUGGCAGAUGCCCUAAAAGUUUGAAGACAAGAAAAUGCAGGAUUCUGACUUGCUUGUAGAAGAUGACUCUUAAUACCACAGAAGCAGUAUCCAAGAGUACUGUACCUUAAGCAUCUGUAAAGCCGGGAACAGCUCAAAUUCGCAGUCGUGAAUUUACUCUAAGACGAGAAUCAUUGGCUAGAACAUACAAAUCUAACAGAGAAGGUGAGGAUUAUCAAAAGAGAAACCCUUGGGAUUCAAGGUUUUCUUGUGUGCUAAGGUACUAGAGAAGCAUACAAAGUUGCACCAAUGAAGUCACAAGCAGCACCUAACCAAGAGGACUACAAGUUGAAGGACACGAAGCCCCAGCUCGGGGAACGAUGGCCACAUGGAGGACUUCGAGGUGGAGGAGGGUGGAUAAGCAGCGAUAGAGCUACAAGCACUUACGAUCUUGUUGAGCAGAUGUUUUAUCUAUAUGUAAGAGUUGCGAAAGCCAAAGAUCUUCCGACAAACCCCGCGACGGGAAGCUGUGAUCCAUAUGUACAAGUGAAGCUGGGAAAUUACAAGGGCAAAACAAAGCACUUUGAGAAGAAGACAAACCCUGAAUGGAAGGAAGUUUUUGCAUUUGCAAAAGAGAAGAUUCAGUCUUCGGUACUCGAAGUUUAUGUCAAGGAUAAAGGGGUGGUGGCAAGAGAUGACUACAUUGGGAAGGUGGUGUUUGACAUGCAUGAGGUGCCGACUAGAGUUCCACCAGAUAGCCCUUUGGCACCUCAAUGGUACAGAUUAGAAGACCGGCGACGAGAUACUAAGGUUAGAGGAGAGGUGAUGCUUGCAGUUUGGAUGGGUACACAGGCUGAUGAAGCUUUCCCAGAAGCCUGGCACUCAGACGCUGCUUCAGUUCACGGAGAGGGAGUUUUCAGCAUUCGCUCCAAGGUUUAUGUCUCGCCGAAGCUGUGGUACCUCAGAGUUAAUGUAAUCGAAGCUCAGGAUGUGGAGCCACAUGAUAGAAGCCAACCACCACAAGCUUUCGUCAAGGCUCAUGUCGGAAAUCAAACACUUAAAACAAAGGUAUCUCCAACCAGGACGGCGAAUCCCAUGUGGAACGAAGACUUGGUCUUCGUAGCAGCUGAGCCUUUUGAAGAACAGCUUGUGCUUACAGUUGAAAAUAAAGUGAGUGCUGCAAAAGAUGAACACGUGGGAAAAAUACACCUGCCGCUGACAAUCUUUGAGAGGCGGUUGGAUCACAGGCCAGUACAUUCACGUUGGUUCAACCUUGAAAAAUUUGGUUUUGGUGCUUUGGAGGGAGACAAAAGGCACGACCACAAGUUUUCGACCAGAGUCCAUCUCAGAGUCUGUCUUGAGGGUGCUUAUCAUGUACUAGAUGAAUCAACCUUGUACAUAAGCGACGUGAGGCCUACUGCCAGGCAGCUAUGGAAGCAUCCAAUUGGGAUUCUUGAAGUAGGGAUCUUAAGCGCGCAAGGACUUCUUCCAAUGAAGAACAAGGAUGACAAAGCAACAACAGAUGCCUACUGCGUAGCCAAGUACGGGCAGAAAUGGGUGAGGACCAGAACAAUCAUCGAAAGCGACAGUCCCAAGUGGAAUGAACAAUAUACAUGGGAGGUCUACGACCCUUGCACGGUGAUCACACUGGGAGUUUUCGACAACUGCCACCUCGGUGGAAAUGAGAAACCAAUUUCUGGCAGUGGAGCUAAAAAUGACUCGAGAAUUGGCAAGGUGAGAAUUCGGCUAUCAACCCUAGAAAUGGAUCGGAUUUAUACAAACUCUUAUCCGCUUCUAGUCCUACAACCAUCCGGAUUGAAAAAAAUGGGGGAGCUCCAAUUAGCAGUAAGAUUUACGUGCCUUUCACUAGCUAAUAUAAUUUACCUCUACGGCCACCCCUUGCUGCCAAAAAUGCAUUAUCUGCAUCCGUUCACUGUAAAUCAGUUGGAUAGUUUGAGAUAUCAGGCAAUGAACAUUGUAGCCGUGAGACUUGGCAGAGCUGAACCACCACUAAGGAAAGAGGUUGUCGAGUACAUGCUAGAUGUAGACUCCCACAUGUGGAGCAUGAGAAGAAGUAAGGCUAACUUUUUUAGAAUUGUCUCUCUAUUCUCCGGCCUCAUCUCCAUGAGCAGGUGGCUUGGUGAAGUUCGUCAUUGGAAAAACCCGAUCACUACUGUUUUAGUCCAUUUCCUGUUUUUCCUACUGAUCUGCUACCCUGAAUUGAUUCUGUCAACUAUCUUUCUCUACAUGUUUCUCAUCGGAUUAUGGAACUUUCGCUUCCGUCCAAGGCAUCCGCCUCACAUGGACACUAAACUUUCAUGGGCAGAGGCAGUUCACCCGGAUGAAAUGGAUGAAGAGUUUGACACCUUCCCUACGUCUAAGGCUCAAGAUGUCGUGAGGAUGAGGUAUGACAGACUACGAAGUGUGGCGGGAAGAAUUCAGACAGUGGUUGGAGACAUUGCAACUCAGGGGGAGAGAUUUCAGGCGGUCCUUAGCUGGAGAGACCCAAGAGCAAGCAGCCUGUUUGUAUUUUUGUGUCUAAUUGCCGCUGUGGUGCUCUACGUGACACCAUUCAAGAUGAUUGCUCUGGCUGCCGGCAUUGUUUGGCUAAGGCAUCCUAGAUUCCGAAGCAAGCUACCUUCGAUUCCAAGCAAUUUCUUCAGAAGAUUGCCAUCUCGCGCGGAUAGCAUGCUCUGAAAUCACGAGGAGGUAGAGGAGGAAAUACUAUCUAACUAACAUGGAUCUUCUAGUAUUUGCAAAUUGAUGGUUGUUCUGUUGAAAAUGAAGUUUCUUGGAAGCAAGGCAAUAAAUUUUUAUCCUGCACUGUUGUAUUGCGGGUUUAUGAAUAAUAUGAACACGCAAAUAGCGUAGUAAAUUUGGUUGUGUUUGAGAACUUAUGUACAUUUAUUCGGUUGAAUCCCAUCUCAAUCUAUCCUCGAGUCAAAGAAUUGAUGAGAAACAGGUGAGGAAUU